AGAGCAGUUUUGGACAGAAUAUGUCAAAAAUCUUAACAGUCUGUGGAGUUGCCAAACUGAAGCUGGGAUGGCGCAACUGGAGAACACCUACGAGGUUGCUUAGCUUUAAGUCUAAUUUCCAGGCUCAGACUGCUCACCUGGUGCUUGAUGAUGGUACAAAAAUGAAGGGCUACUCUUUUGGCCAUUACCAGUCUGCAGCCGGAGAGCUGGUCUUCAAUACAGGACUAGUUGGCUAUCCUGAAGCCCUGACAGAUCCCAGUUACAGAGGGCAGAUUUUGACCCUCACCUACCCCAUUGUGGGAAACUAUGGAGUUCCCAACACACAGGAGCUAGAUGAGCUGGGAUUGAAGAAAAAUGUUGAGUCCAAUUGCAUUCAGGUGUCAGGACUUUUGGUUCAGGACUACAGUCAUGAGUACAGUCAUUGGAACUCUGUGAAAUCACUGGCACAGUGGCUACAAGAAGAAAAGGUGCCUGCACUUUUUGGUAUAGAUACCAGGAUGCUGACAAAGAUCAUCAGAGACAAGGGCACUGUUUUAGGGAAGAUUGAAUUUGAUGGACAGCCAGUGGAGAUCACAAACCCUAACCAGCGAAAUCUAGUCGCUGAGGUUUCAACCAAGGAUAUUCAAGUGUUUGGAAAAGGUAACCCGAUUAAAGUAGUUGCUGUUGACUGUGGAAUCAAGCACAACAUUAUCAGACUGCUCGUCAAGCGUGGAGCUGAGGUGCAUUUGGUGCCAUGGGACCAAGACCUGAUGAGUUUGGAUUACGAUGGUCUUUUCAUCUCUAAUGGCCCAGGAGAUCCUUCACUAGCAAAGACCCUGAUUCAUAAUGUCCGAAAGGUGCUGGAAAGUGACAGAUCAAAGCCAGUGUUUGGUAUUUGUAUGGGGAAUCAGAUCACAGCUCUGGCAACUGGUGCACAGUCUUAUAAACUACCUAUGGGGAAUAGGGGCCAGAACCAGCCUGUUGUGAACUUGAUGACGGGUCAGGCCUUUAUUACAGCCCAAAAUCACGGGUAUGGAAUAGACAGCGAGUCUCUUCCUCCAGACUGGAGUCCUCUUUUCAUCAAUGCAAAUGAUGGAACCAAUGAGGGUAUUAUGCAUAACACCAAGCCAGUGUUCACAGCGCAGUUCCACCCCGAAGCCAAGGGAGGACCCACGGACACAGAGUUCCUGUUUGAUGCUUUCAUCUCUCUGAUAAAGAAGGGGAAGGAGGGAAGCAUCACAUCUGUGAUGCCAAAGAAACCUGCAAUUCCUCAGAGAAUCCAGGUUUCCAAAGUUCUGGUGCUGGGAUCUGGGGGUCUGUCUAUCGGUCAGGCUGGGGAGUUUGACUAUUCAGGAUCCCAGGCUGUCAAAGCUAUGAAGGAGGAAAACCUGAAAACGGUGCUGAUUAACCCGAACAUUGCCUCGGUACAGACUAACGAGUCUGGCACUAAGCAGGCAGACUCUGUGUACUUCCUCCCCGUCACUCCUGAGUUUGUGACGGAUGUGAUCAAAGUGGAGCGACCCGACGGUAUCCUGCUCUCCAUGGGUGGACAAACGGCUCUCAACUGUGGGGUGGAGCUCUUUCAGAGUGGGGUAUUGCAGAAGUAUGGAGUGCAGGUUUUGGGUACACCUGUGGAGUCCAUCAUGGCCACUGAGGACCGGCAACUAUUUGCAGAUAAACUAAUGGAGAUCAAUGAAAAGAUCGCUCCCAGUUUCGCAGUUAAAACGGUAGCAGAUGCUUUGAAGGCAGCAGAUGAGAUCGGCUAUCCUGUCAUGUUGAGAUCAGCUUAUGCCCUGGGUGGUCUUGGCUCUGGUUUGUGUGAUAACAGAGAGAAGUUAGAGGACACUGCUUGCAAGGCCCUGGCCAUGAGCAGCCAGAUCCUGGUUGAAAUGUCCCUCCUGGGCUGGAAGGAAGUGGAAUAUGAGGUGGUGAGAGAUGUCGCUGAUAACUGUGUCACUGUCUGCAAUAUGGAGAACUUUGACCCCCUGGGAAUCCACACAGGUGACUCCAUUGUAGUUGCACCCAGCCAGACUCUGUCCAAUGAGGAGUACCACAUGCUGAGAGAGACAGCUAUUAAGGUGGUGCGUCAUCUAGGCAUUGUGGGAGAGUGUAAUAUCCAGUAUGCCCUGCACCCGUCCUCUCUGGAGUACUGUAUCAUUGAGGUGAAUGCACGCCUCUCCAGAAGCUCGGCACUGGCGUCUAAAGCAACAGGGUACCCACUUGCAUUUGUAGCAGCUAAACUGGCGCUGGGCAUCCCUCUGCCGGACAUAAAGAACGCCGUGUCGGAGCAGACCACAGCAUGUUUCGAGCCCAGUUUGGAUUACAUUGUCACUAAAAUACCUCGUUGGGAUCUGGACCGCUUUCAUGGAAUGUCUCAGGAGAUCGGCAGUGCCAUGAAGAGCGUUGGAGAGGUCAUGGCAGUUGGCCGCACCUUUGAGGAAAGCAUCCAGAAGGCUCUGCGGAUGUGCCACCCAUCAGUGGAUGGCUUUGUACCGCGUCUGCCUCUAAAGAGAGCCUGGACGGAGCAGCAUGACCUGCAGCGAGAGCUCUCCAUGCCUUCAAGUACUCGCAUCUUCUCUCUUGCCCAGGCCUUGCACAGUGGUGUAACUGUUGAUCAGAUCCACAACCUCACUGCCAUUGACAAAUGGUUCCUGCACAAACUAAGGCAUAUUUCUGAAAUGGAGCAGUACCUGGGUCAGUAUAACAGCACCACAGUGCCGAGGGAUCUACUCCUGAAGGCCAAGAGAGAUGGUUUUUCGGACCUACAAGUUGGCCAGGCCCUGGACAUCUCUGAGGGAGAGGCCAGGGCACUCAGGCUCAGACACAACAUCCAACCUUGGGUCAAACAGAUUGAUACACUUGCUGCAGAAUACCCCGCAGUCACCAACUAUUUGUAUUGCACUUACCACGGUCAGGAGCAUGACCUGGAUUUUAAGGAUCAUGGUAUCAUGAUUGUCGGCUGUGGUCCCUAUCACAUUGGCAGCAGUGUGGAGUUUGACUGGUGUGCUGUGUCAAGCAUUCGUGCCCUCAGACAGAUGGGCAAGCGUACAGUGGUGGUGAACCACAACCCAGAGACAGUCAGUACGGACUUUGAUGAGUGUGACCGUCUGUAUUUCGAGGAGUUGACCCUGGAGCGCAUCUUGGACAUCACACAGCAGGAGGGUUGCACUGGCUGCAUUGUGUCUGUGGGUGGGCAGAUCCCAAAUAACCUGGCCAUGCCCCUACAUCUAAACGGAGUGACGAUUCUGGGAACCAGCCCCCUUCAGAUCGAUCGUGCAGAAGAAAGAUCUGUAUUCUCCUCCAUUCUGGACAAGCUGGGUGUAGGCCAGGCCCCGUGGAGGGCUCUCAGCUCUCUGGAAGAUGCUGUGUCUUUUGCAAGUAAAGUAGGCUACCCCUGUCUCCUGCGCCCAUCCUACGUUCUUAGUGGCUCAGCCAUGAACGUGGCAUACUGUGAAGACGAGAUGAAACGUUUCUUGGAGGAAGCUACGCAGGUGUCACAGGAUCAUCCUGUGGUCAUCACCAAGUUCAUCCAAAGUGCCAGAGAGGUUGAGGUGGAUGCUGUGGCCAAGAUGGGCAAGGUGCUGGUUCAUGCUAUCACAGAACAUGUGGAAGACGCAGGAGUGCAUUCAGGAGAUGCCACACUCAUGCUGCCCACCCAAACCAUCAGCCAGGGAGCUCUGGAAAAGGUAAAGACGGCUACCCAGAAAAUUGCAAAGGCGUUUGAGAUUUCAGGGCCGUUUAACACUCAAUUUUUGGUGAAAGGCAACGAUGUCAUGGUAAUAGAGUGUAACCUGCGUGCCUCUCGAUCCUUCCCUUUCGUCUCUAAAACUAUUGGUGUGGACUUCAUCGAUGUGGCCACCAGGGUUAUGGUGGGUGAGGCAAUGGACGAGUCCCGGCUGCCCUCCUUAGAAAACCCAAUCAUUCCAGUUGACUACGUUGGCAUCAAGGCUCCCAUGUUUUCCUGGCCACGGCUGAGAGAUGCUGACCCAGUCCUUCGUUGUGAGAUGGCCUCCACUGGAGAGGUGGCUUGCUUUGGACCAAACAUCUACUCUGCCUUCCUGAAGGCCAUGCUCUCAACAGGAUUCAAGCUUCCACGGAAAGGCAUUCUCAUUGGGAUACAACAUUCUUUCAGACCUAACUUCCUGUCCACUGCUCACCAGCUUCAUGAGGAGGGCUUUAAGCUUUAUGCCACGGAGGGUACAUCAGCUUGGCUUAAUGCUAAUGAUGUUCCAACAAUCCCUGUUACCUGGCCAAGCCAUGAAGGCAACAACACCUCCUUACCCAGCAUCAGCAGACUUAUCAGUGAAAGACACAUUGACCUAGUGGUCAAUCUACCAAAUAACAACACCAAGUUCCUGAAAGACAACUUCCUGAUUCGCAGAAUGGCGGUGGAUUACGGAGUGCCCCUUAUCACAAACUUCCAGGUAGUUAAGCUGUUUGCAGAGGCCAUUAAGUAUUCAAGUGACUUAGAUGCUACCAGUCUAUUCCAUUACCGGCAGCGUGAGCCCAGACUGUCCGAGAGCUUUACCGCAUGGUUAACUUAUAACCACUAAAGCAGGGACUCAGAGUUAAGUUACCUGAGGGCCCGAGCCAGGUGUUGUUCUCCAUUAGGGGCCAGGUGAACAGUUACAACUAGUUAAAACUAGUGUUUUUACAACCAUGAAUUUGAACUAUAUACGGUUUUUGGCACAGUUAUACAGUUAUUGAUCGUUGUUUGUCCACUUAUUCUGAAUUUGUCUGUAUUCCAAUAUACAUUUCUUUUAGGUUUCGAAAGAGACAUUUUACUUGUCUUGUUUGUUGUCAUCACCUAGGCUACAAUUGCAUGUUAACUAUUGUCUAGGUCACAGUUAGUCUGUCUUAAAAGGUUUCUACGGUAUAUUUAAAAAUUAAUUACUCUAUGGAGAAAAUGAAUGGGAUUUUUACUUCGAAUCCUACUGCUGUGCUCUGUUAACACUUGAGGGGCCACAUGAAACUAUCUAACAAGCCAGUAGUUUUAGGGCCAUGCUCUAAAGGCUCAGUCAAAUUGUGUGCAGUGCUUCUCUGCCUAACUCUUACUGAGUUUAAGCACUCCAGCUGUUUUCAACACUCAGCACUGUCUGUUUAAUGUACCAAAGAGUAAGAUAGUGCUGCUCUCAGCACACAAUAGCAGACAUGCGUGUGAUUACACCUAAAGAAAAAUGUCUAUGAAUGUGUCCAUUUUUCUGUCUUUAUCUUCCACAGUUAAUGGUGGAAAAAAAUGC